AUGGGCAGUCUUGGGUUUGAAAAGUGUGUUUCAGAACACGGUGUGUAUGUGCAAAGCUGUCAGCACAAAGGCAGAACAGAGAAGUUGAUUGUGUGUCUCUAUGUAGAUGACUUGUUAGUCACUGGAAGCUGUGAAGAAUUAAUUUCAGCUUUCAAAACUGAAAUGCAAAAUGAGUUUGAAAUGAGUGAUCUUGGAAGACUCAGUUACUUUCUUGGCAUUGAGUUUACCAAGAUGGAAGGUGGAACAAUGAUGCACCAAUCAAGGUAUGCUUUAGAUCUGCUGGAAAAAUAUGAGAUGAGUGACUGUAAUGCUGCAAGUACCCCUGCAGAAGUAGGAUUGAGACUGGAAAAGGAGCCAGAAGAGGAAGCUGUUGAUCCAACAGCUUACAGGAGGAUGGUUGGAAGUCUUAGGUAUCUCUGCAACACCAGACCAGAUUUGAGCUAUAGUGUUGGAGUGAUAAGCAGAUACAUGGAGUGUCCUAGAGUAUCACACUUGAUUGCUGUCAAACGGAUACUGAGAUAUUUGAAGGGUACACACUCAUAUGGGAUUCUGUUAAGAAAAGGAGAGGCUGGAGAAGAAGUACAAAUUACUUCUUACUCAGAUGCAGACUGGUGUGGAGACAAGACUGACAGAAAAAGCACUGCAGGGUACAUUUUCUUCAUGGAAGGGUCUCCUAUUUCUUGGAGCUCUAGAAAGGAACCAGUAGUUGCUUUGUCAUCAUGUGAGGCAGAGUACAUAGCUGCCUGUGAAGCUACGUGUCAAGCAACCUGGCUGAGAUCAUUGAUAGAAGGACUGAAAAUUGAGCUGUCUGAGAAGAGGGUGAGACUAAUGGUUGACAACAAAUCAGCCAUAAAUCUUGCUAAACAUCCUACAUCACACGGUAGGAGUAAACACAUUGAGACCAGAUUCCACUAUAUCAGGGAACAGGUCAGCAAUGAGAGACUAGAGAUUGUAGACUGCAGAUCCGAAGAUCAACUUGCAGAUAUACUGACUAAAGCCCUUAAAGGCGAACACUUUCUGAAACUCAGAAAGCAAAUCGGGAUGGUGCAAGCUGAGACUUUGAAAAAUUAG